UGUAGUUUUUUGGUCUUCUAUCUUUUUACGUCAUUUCUAUUUUCCAUCAACAGAGGCCGAUAAGCAGCAGAAGAUAUCUUCAAGAAAUCAAUCUGAGAUACCGGGUGUGAAAUGUCAUACGUGUUCGUGAGCGACUCUCUUCAGGCCACGGUGCCGCUGCUGCAGGCCUGUGUGGACGGGGAUCUGGCUCUCAGCAAGCGGCUCCUGGAGUCCGGGGUCGACCCCAACACGCGGGACUGCCGGGGCCGGACCGGGCUUCACCUCGCCGCGGCCCGGGGGAACGUGGAGAUCUGCUGUUUACUGCACAAGUACGGCGCGGAUCUGCUGGCCACCGACUCGCAGGGCAACACGGCACUGCACAUGUGUGGGCAUGUGGACACCAUCCAGUUCCUCGUGUCCAACGGACUCAAGAUUGACAUCUGUAAUCACAACGGAGCGACUCCGCUGGUUCUGGCCAAGAGACGCGGCGUGAACAAGGACUCGCUUCGCCUGCUGGAGGGCCUGGAGGAGCAGGAGGUGAAGGGCUUCAACCGCAGCUCGCACGCCAGCCUGGAGAAGAUGCACAUGGCGGACAGUGAGAGUGCCAUGGAGAGCCACUCUCUGCUGAACCCGCACCUGCACUACAGCGACGGCGUGUUGUCCAGCUUCCGCACCACAUGGCAGGAGUUCGUGGAGGAUCUGGGCUUCUGGCGCGUGCUCCUCCUGCUGCUCGUCAUCGCUCUGCUCUCGCUCGGCAUCGCGUAUUACGUCAGCGGAGUCUUACCCUUCGCAUCCAACCAGCUGGAGCUCGUGCACUGAAGCCUCUUCAAAACUAUCAUUCCUAAAAUCUCUCAUAGUUGAGGAUUGUGUAUAACCACGCUUCAGACUGCGACCUUACAUUCUCUCUCUGUGUGUGUGUAUAUUAAUGUAAAUAGACCUUAUCAUGUGCUAAAAAAAAAAUGUCUUUUGUGUUUGGAAACCAUAUGAAAAUUGACCAUGAUUUUACUGGGGCUUGUGCACUGAGACGCAUCAAAGCUCAUUAAAACAUGGACUCUUAAAGUCCCCCUGUGGUGAAAUCCAGCUUUUAAUGUUGUUUAUGUGUGUAUGUGGUGUUUUUAAUACGCUUUAACACACACCAUGUGUAAGUUCAUAGGUCGACAGCAUUGCUGAGUAUUUGAACCAAAGACAGUCUCAAAAACACGGUUUGAAAUCGCUGGUGUUUCUGACGUCACAAACGACCUUGUAACCAAUCAGAUCAACGUGUGAUCGUCAACCAGUGGAUCUCUGAGAGAGUGGAGGCGGGACGCAUAUUAAAUGAGACAAGGGUGUCAAGUUACAUUCAAGAUAUUUUAUGGGAUGAAGACAUUUUUUUCUUCAAGGAAAAAUAUUUACAUUUGUAAUUUUGGAGAUGAUCGACUCAAGCGAGACUCUAAAAUCUCUCAUUAUCUGAUGAUUGUUUCUAGAGGAGCUGAUUGCGUAUAACCACGCUUCAAACUACAACCAUACAUUCUUUCUGUCGCUUAAUUUUCCUUUGGUGUAUAUUAAUGUAAAUAGACCUUUUAUGUGCUAAAAAUGUCAUUUCUUGUGUUUCUUUGGAAACCCAUAUGAAAGUUAACCAUGAUUUUACUAUAAAUAAAACCAGCGAGUCUUUAAAGUCUUAAUUUGCCCCUGUUAAAAUCAGAGCAGAAUGUCUUACAUUUAUAAACUCAUGGCAUUAAAUGUUGAACACAUUGCAAAAAAUGUAAGUAAUUGUAAAAUUAAGUCUUUAAAAAUGUGAGUUUAUGCUUAAAGAAGAACAAAUAUCUGUCAAAACUUCUAAAUUAGGCUGAUUUUCCGGAGCCUGACUGCAGAUGUUUGUAUUUGUUUUAGUCAUUAACCUCAUUUUGAUUAACUUUCAGAACAAAAUACUUCAUAUUUAAUGUCAUUUUACAUCUAUAAAUGUAUCUUGAUUUAAGAAUCUUUAGAUAUUUGUACUGGAAAACGAGAAAUACCGAAAUACUUUUUUGAAGUUUGAACAGAAGGUGCUGUAAACAAUAUUUCCAUAUUCUUGUGUUUCUGAGUGAAACGAUUCAAGCUGCUUCUUUUAGUAAAUGAAUUAAAAAUUAACAGAUGUCAAACAAUGAAGUGUUUCUCCUUAAACAUUUACAUUUGGAGAACAUGUUGAUGUAUUGUGUUCCCUCCAAUUUAUUUCUUACAUUUUCGUUACUUGGUCUUACCUUCAUAAAAUCUACAGAAACUCUGAAACUAAAAGAAA